AUGCAGUCCUUCCGUGAGCGCAGCGGUGGUUACCACAGCAACCAACCCUGCUACCAGCAGGAGCCCCAUGAAUUAUCCCGCCUGGAGACCUACCGACAACACCCGCAUCAUCCCCACCCCCAGCACCCGCAUCCAGGCCCUGGUCCACAUUCAGGCCCAGGCCCAGGGCACACCAGGCCAGGCUAUGAGGCCCACUCUCUGGCAAACCCCACAAGCAUGCCUCCAGCUGGGGGAACUGGAGGAGGACCCAAGGACUGUUACAGCCAGCAAGCGUUCCCUGGUUACCCAGGCAGUGGUGGAGGGAAUGGGAGUGGAAAUGGGAGCUCAGCACCCUCGCAGGCAAAGAAACCCUACAGAGGAAGCAAAGUGCCCCCACCAAACCACAGUCAGCACCUCCAAGGUCCUGGGGGUUAUAGUAACCACAUGGGCCCUGGGAAUUAUUCAGCCCAGUAUAUGAGCGAGGGCCACCUCCAGCAGAAGUGGGAGGAUCCAGCCCAGUUAGCACAGUAUGAGCAGGAGAUGGUGGGGCGUAUGGAGGCUAGUGGUACCCCUGCACCUGGCUCCUCACAGUACAUGGACCAGAACAUGCUGGGCCACUCCCAAACCCAGUGCCACCAGCCCUCUACCCCUUCCUAUACCAGCCCCCACCACCAGCCCCACCCUCCUAACCCUGCCCCUUCCCCACUCAUGUAUCCUCAGAGUCACCUGCACUACCCCCAGCAUUCACCCUCUCCUUCGCCAUACAUGGAAAAGUGCAGCCCUAUGCCCCACUGUUAUAAAGGUUACAACAUGACCCCUAGUUCCCAGUAUAGCAGACAAAUGAGCAGCCACAGCAACCUGAAGCAAGGGAGUUACAGGUCGACCCAGAACAGUUAUGGCUACCAGCAGCCUCCCUCCAGAGCUUAUGAGCAGCAACCCCCUUUACAGACCAUGACUAACCCCCAGGAGCCCCACCCUAAAUACCAACACUACAGCCAACCCCAACAAAACUACUGUCUCUCAGAGCUGUCUGUCAGAUCACCAGAACAGUAUUAUCAAACUUGUAGCCCCUCCUCAAGCCACUCCCCUGCACGCUCUGUAGGGCGCUCCCCAUCAUACAGCUCAACCCCUUCACCAUUAAUGACCAAUCCAGAGUCAUUCCAGUAUGGCCAACCUCCAAUGACUCCUGGGGCUGCCUCCUCUUCAUCAUCUUCUUCAGCUGGCAUGCAGGACCAAGGCAGUUCCAACACCAUGCUGAUGCCGCCACGCUCACAUCCCUCACCCAAUGUGCCCCAUGCAGCCUCCCACAGCUACUCAACAACAACACAGGUACCCACCAUGAAAGAACGUUUCUCAGAGAAGCUGCUGUCAAACCCUAGCCUGUGGAGCCUAAAUGCCCUCACCUCUCAGGUAGAGAACAUCUCCAAUAAUGUCCAGCAGCUGCUGCUUUCAGAGGCCCUGGUGGCCAACAAGAAAGCUGGCAAACGCAGCAGUGGAGGGAGCAACAGCAGUACUGGAAGUGGAGCAUCUUCCAAAAAGGGUGAGGAGUACAAAAGUCCUUCAUAUCCAGAUGGUGCUGGUAGUGUUGGUGGAGGCCCCAUGCAGGACCCUUACUCCACCCCACAGCACCAGCCAAUACCCAUGGAACUCCAUGAGGGAGGUUAUUCCAGCAGCAGUGAUGAACAGCUGGAGAGGGGCUACUACUACUGUGGCCAAGGCAGGAGUCCAGCACAGGCCCCUAACAAUACACACCUCAGCCUGGACACAGCCUCUUCAUGCUCUAUGACAUCUCCAGAUGAUAUGUCCACCAGGUCUGGGGACUCAGGUCUUCACAACCUUACCCCUGACCCUAUUAGAUGUCAGUCAGGGCAAGGAGGAGAUGGAAUGAGUACUCCAGUGAAGAGCAUUGGUGACGAGAGGUCUCCUACAAGCAUAACAAUCCCCAGUCCUAUGAAACAAGAAAGGGAUUCCCCUUCAAAUAUACAGCAUAUAAAUGAGCCUGUCAAAGAGAACUUUGAAGAAUCAGCCUGGUCGGAGAAAUCAACUGACAAAGAGGAGGUGUCAACAGAAAAAAAUCCUGACUGUGAUGGAGAUUUAGACUCAACUAAAUCUACAGAAAAGCAGGAGAAAUGGUCAGAUGAUGAGAAAUGUCCAACUCUCUACAGCAAAGUAAAUAAAGAGGUGAAAGAAAAAAACUAUUGCUAUGAGCAGACUGUGUACCAAGGGGUCCAAAGCAAAUAUGACCCAGAUGCAAGAGACUCAGUUGAACAGUCUCCAGCAGCUCUCUCUGACUACAGCCACAAGGAACACUUUGGCCAAGAGAUUAAAUCAGACGCAUUCAAAUCAGAGUCUCCAACUGCUUCUGAAAGCUCAGUGAAAACACUGCCUUUCAUUUCUAGGGGUGACCUUGAACAGGAUCAAUAUUCCACAGAGAAGGAGGACAGCUCAGAGAACACCUCACCAACCCCCCAAGUUGAGGCCUUGGAUGACAACAACUCAGAUAAAAAAGAGAUCAGAGAUGAGGGUGAAGAAGAGGAGGGGGAAGAGGAGGGGGAAGGAGAGGAGGAGGCUGUUGAAGAGGAAGAACAUUGUCUUUCCCCUCCUCUGUCGGCAGAGGUUCGGGAGGAACUGGGGGAGGGGGAGAAAGUGAGCCAGUCAUCGACUGAGGAGCACAUGAAUAAUAGAGAUGGGCCAGAGAAGCCUUCUGGAGAUGUCUGCAGCCGGACAGACAGUCAGAGUACUGAGCUCCAUAUUGACAAUGAGUUUGCAGGAGCACCUGCCCAUCCAAAUGCAGUAGCAGCAACAGCAGCAGCAGACGCUUCUGCAAGGGAAUCAGCCAUUGGUGACACUGCUCCUCAGCCUCAGUCUGCUAUGCCAGUGUUCUCAGCCCUCAAUGACAAGGCAACACCUCCAAUUCAGGCAAGGGAUCAUAUUGAUCACAGUGAUGCUAAAGUGCUAGAGCCAGACUCUCCUCAACUGCCAGGGAAGUCGAUACUCCCCUCAGCCCCCUCCUGGGCAGACACUCCACCCUCCCCAAAGAAAGGUGAUGAGGACAUGGAGCCGGGCAUCAGCUGCUCAAGUGCUGUGACCCCCUUGGCCAAGCCAGAGCCUGUGGCCCCAUCUGCUCAGCCAAGGGCAUUUGGACGUAAGCAUGCCAGGGGCAGAAGGAGACUCAUGCAUUCAGGUGUGGGAAUCAGGCGACAACUAAGCUUGGAAAGGGAGGGGGAAAAGGAAGAGGAAGGAGCCCCCUCCCCUACACAGAAACCCUGCAUGCCUCCAAGCAAAACUGUGCUAUUCUCAGAUCAAAUGGACCUAGCUCAUCAGGAAUCUAUUGUGAGCCAGACUCCCAAAAUGCUAACUGAUGGUUUUCGUUCAAGAAUGUGCACUCGCUCAUUCAAUGCAGCAGACUUACCACCCAAAAUUGAGCCCCAUGUGAAGAGAAAACCAGGCCCAAAACCAGGUUCAAAGCCUGGGCCCAAACCAGGGCCAAAACCUGGACCAAAACCACGGCCAAAACCAGGAGGGAAGCCAGGGCCAAAACCAGGGCCUAAACCAGGCCUAAAGCCUGGGCCAAAGCCAGGGCCAAAACCUGGACCAAAGCCAGGACCAAAACCUGUGCCAAAUACACCUGAACUGCCACUGAAGAUUGAGACUCCAGUGAAACGAAAACCAGGACCGAAACCAGGUUCAAAACCCGGGCCAAAAUCUGGAUCAAAACCUGGUCCAAAACCAGUUGUAAAGCCAGGUCCAAAACCAGGACCUAAGCCUGGACCAAAGCCAGCAGAUGCUUUGCCCCCCACUGACACUAUACCCAUCAAGGCCCCAGUGGGUCGUCCCAAAGGCUCAAUUUCCAAAGCAAAGCUGGUACAACAGGAAGAAAUAAUUCAGCCUUUGACAGGACUGCAAGGCAGGAGCAGGAAGAGUAUAAAGUCUACAGUAUCACAAGUAAACCAGGAUGUAAAAUCAGUAAACCAGGAGGAAAAACAAGCAAAUCAUGAGGGGAAAGCACCAGAGAAAGAAGGUAAAAACAUGGUCUUAAGAUCCAGGAAACCCUCACAGGAAAAACUGUUAAAAGAAAAAGAAAAGAUCAUAGAGGAAGAUGUUUUAUCCCCACCACUCACACACACAGAAAUUAAACCUAGCUAUGAGGAAGAUGAGGAGCCUGUAACUGUGGAACAAACUCUAACGCCGAUUCCUAAUGUAGUCAAAAACAUAGAUGUUCCAGCAGAUCCACCCGCACCACUUGCCCCAACUGAACAAACUGAAGAAAAGACAUUACUUCCACUAAAACGAAAACCUAGCCCAGAACCUUCUACAAGGCCAGUAAAGAAAAAGAGGGGUCCAAAGCCCAAACCAAAACCCUUACCACCUCAACUCCCCCUGCUGGAACAGGUGGUCUCCACACCUAAAGAGAAGGGAGCCCGGGGCACCAAAAGAAAGCGAGGGCCACCCAAGAAAACAUCGGAGAUCACUCCCCCACCCAAACACACUCCCUCCAACAUCAGUGAAGCUGACAUCACUAGUGAUGUGCCUGUAGUGCCUCCUCAAUGCCCCACUAAAACAAAAGUUCUCCCACCACGCAAAGGCAGAGGACAGAAAUAUGAGGCCAUGGUGCAGAAAAUUACAUCUCCUAGCUCGAAGAAACACCUUCCAACUCCCCAGAUAGAGAGCAGUCCAAAUGAUGAUGUAACAACCAAGGCUUUGUCUCAACAUGCCUUAAAGGAAAGUGAGAUGUCUGUUCUGGUAAAUAGCACUGAGACGAUAGAGGGAGAGGUAAAAAGCACAGAGUCAAGACAAGAAGGAGGGAAACAACAUGAAGGGGCAGUGAGAAAAGAGGAGGUGAAACAAGAGAGAGAAAAGUAUGAGGUGAGUCAAAAGGCAUUAACGCCAGAGGAGGUGAGACAAGGGUUGGUAGAAGAGGUUGUAAAUAAGGAUGCGACAACACAGGAAAAUAUUAAACCAGGGACACAGCAGGAUGUUGGAUCUGACACGGUUCAGAGAUCAAUGGAGGCCCUGGUAGAAGUCAGGACACCAGGAGAGUGGACACAACAGGCUGCAGCAGGUUUAUCUACUGUUGCCACUAAAUGCGCCAGAACUAAAAGGAAGCGAUGGGCCAUGGUGGAGAGUACAGAUGCUUCAGUCGUAGCCUUGGAAGCUGGGAGCCUAAUAGUUACGACACCAAGGCUAGCCAAGCAGAGGGCCAUUAAAAACAACCAUGAGAUGCACCUAAAACAGAGGAGGAAGAAGAGAAAAGGACAAGCCCCUCUAGAAGAAACAGAGGCAAUCAAGGAGACAAAUACUGAAACUGCAGAGCAACAACAGGAGAAGGUAGAAGAGAUGAUAACCCCCACAGAGCCUACAGUACCCCUGCCAAUCAGCAUAGAUGAUAUCACAGAAGCCCCCCAGGUUACCAGCACAGAGCUCAUCCAGAAAUCUAGGAGAGGCAGAAAACCAUCAUCAAAUCCAACUAAGAGGAAACAAGGCAAAGGCUCAUUAGAGCAGAUUCCUGGCAAGCCAGUGAAGGUCCACAAAAAGCCUGGGCCAAAACCCGGAAUGAAGGACGCCCUUGAGGUUAUAGAGGCAGUAGUAAGGGCUGCAGGAUGUGAACAGGCCGAAAAAGAGGAGAGAGAAAGAGAAGAAAGGGAAAGCGAAAAUAAGGAAACACAGAACACAUGUGUUGUGGGUCCUGUAGUUACAAUAACAGAAAAACGGACUGAGAUGAUUUCUGUGAAAAGAAUCAGACGCAGGCCAGUCCAACAAAAUUCUAAACUGUCUUUCUGUCCAUAUGUGCGGAUUAACAACUCUAGAGACUUUUCCUCUUGGUGUGCCAUAGUAAACAGGCCUGAGGAUGCAGUAAUAUUUCAAAGACGGAGAAAAAAGGGCAUUCUUAGAAUGAAGAAUCCUUUCACAGUUGCAAAGGUAAUGCCACAUGCCGCUGCUAUGCUACAGGGACCUUUGGUGAAUAAAAAUCUAAUUGACAGGUGUCUUACAUGUUCCCUGUGUGGAAAGCCAUCAAAUUACAGAGACCUAGGUGAUUUGUGUGGACCCUACUACACAGAAGAUUGUGUUCCACGGAAGAUUUUGACAAUUGAGCACACAGAAUCCCUCAAGGAGGUCCCAGAGAAGACAAAUGAUAACAACAGUUGCAGCAGUGAAGAACCAGGCAGCUCCUCAAAGAAUGAGAGUGUGGACAGCAUAGAAAAGGAUGGCAACUCAGAGGUAACCACUCAAGAGGCUAGUAGUAGUAGGCACCAUCAUUGGAGAUACCGACGGGCAGAAAGAACAGAAAGAAUGGGUCGGGAGGGUGGUCUGCGAAGAUUAACUCUCAGAGACAGGUUCAGGAAGAUGAAGCAGCUCCGGGCCAUUAAUACAGGGGCUUCAAGUGAACAAGAGGGCAGUGGCAGCAUGUUCCAAAGGCUACAAGUGGAGGCAGAAGCUAAGGAGCACUGGGCCCAUGAAAACUGUGCCAUCUGGACCAAGGGGGUAAUUAUGGUAGCUGGGAGGCUAUAUGGACUGAAGGAAGCUGCCAACAUCUCAGCCCAAGCGAGCUGCUACAAGUGCCAGAUUGUAGGGGCGUCCCUCAGCUGCUGUUGGAGAGGCUGCUCUCAUAAAUACCACUAUGUCUGCGCCAAAGAGAUAGGCUGCACAUUCCAUGAGGAUGACUUCUCCAUCAAAUGUCCCAGACACGAGUCGUCCUCCCCUCAUCCCUCCUCAUCUCUUCCUCUCUCUUUCUCUCUCAUCUCCUCUCUACUCUUCUCCCCGCCUCUCCUCACCUUAACUCCCACGUCUAAGCAGCAGAAAUAG